CACGAAGCCUCAGUUAACCUUCGACCCCACAGUUCAGGAGAGACUGACUUUUACUGUAUUAAAUGAACGAUACAAGGGAAGAAGAUAUGACCGCAAAACUAAACUACAACAAAAAAAAUAGUCCUCACAGGCACAGCGAUUGUCUCAGGCUAUCCAAAGUCGUUAAAAGUCAUCCAGUCUGUUGAGUUGUAAUAAAUGAUUUCCGUUUGAAAAAUAUGUCCUGGUGGGAAAUUGCAUUUGUAACAAGUGGGAUUAUUGCACCCCACUGGGAUUUGUUUUCCUUAUAAAAAGUUUGGACGCAUGAGAAACAUUUGUUUUCCCACUGGUGGGAUAUUGCAGUAAAUAUGUAUAGACUUUUUUUGGGGGGAUAUUCAACAAGCUAAUUAUAAACCUAUAAUCGUUCAAAUUGGUUGUUGUUUGCAUAUCGCUUAACACGACAGUUUGCCAUGGUCCACUUGCUCCUGUUUCAUAAUGGCCUGCUGUACUGUACGGUCCUGUGCGCUCCCUGUGCCCCGGCGCCGCGGCCUGUCGCUUGUGGUCCAUCACCGAGCCGCGCUUUCCCGGUCGGGGGCCGCGCUAACGAGCUCCUCCUCCUCGUUUUGGGGAUUUACCCCGGGGCGCACUGACCACUGGACGCACCGAGGAGGCUCCGAGGAUUACUGCCAUGCAGCCGAGCGAGCCUCCAGUUAUCCGAGCUGACGCCAGGGGAUAUCAGGGUUAUGAGCUCUUUGGGAAAAAAAAACAAACUCCACUGGCAAGCACAGAGAAGACUGCGUACUGUUAAGUGAAAAUGUGAAUUCACUUCUCCAGCGGUGCCAAUUACGCACAGAGAUGCGCUAAGCUGGCACAUUCGUCAAGAAACAACACUACAAAAGCUGCAGGUGUAAUUACAGACGCUGUUGUUUCUUUCAUAUAGCUCUUUCAUUGAGGACCUGUAAUCUGGCUGUCACCAAUGACUGUCACCUACACAGCCAGAGUUGCAAACGCCCGUUUCUGUGGCUUCUCCAAGCUGCUUUUGGCCUGGAAAGGCAGCAUCUACAAGGUGUUAUAUAAAGAGUUCCUGGCUUUCUUUGCCAUGUAUACCGCCAUCAGCAUCACUUACAGAUUUCUCCUGUAUGAUGAUCAGAAGAGGUAUUUUGAAAAGCUGGCAAUUUAUUGCAACCACUACGCCAGUCUUAUCCCUAUGUCCUUUGUACUGGGUUUUUAUGUGACCCUGGUGGUGAACCGGUGGUGGAGCCAGUACACCAGCAUCCCUCUCCCUGACAGGCUCAUGUGCGUCCUGUCGGGGGGCCUCCAGGGGAGCGACGAGAGAGGCCGCCUGCUGAGACGAACCAUGAUGCGUUACGCCAGUCUGUCGGCCCUGCUCAUCCUCCGCUCUGUCAGCACGGCCGUAUUCAAACGUUUCCCCACCAUGGACCACGUGGUGGAGGCUGGAUUCAUGUCAAGAGAGGAACGGAAGAAGUUUGAGGGUCUACACUCUCCUUAUAACAAAUACUGGAUCCCCUGCGUUUGGUUCACCAACCUGGCUGCUGUGGCCCGCUGCGAGGGCAGGAUCAAAGACGAUCACACACUCAAACUACUGCUGGAGGAGCUGAAUGGGUUCAGAGGGAAGUGCAGCAUGCUGUUUCACUACGACAUGAUCAGUGUUCCCCUGGUCUACACUCAGGUUGUGACUUUGGCAGUGUACAGUUUUUUCCUGGUGUGUCUGAUUGGUCGCCAGUUCCUGGACCCCAAUCAAGGCUAUCCCGGUCAUGACCUGGACCUCUACGUGCCCAUCUUCACCCUGCUACAGUUCUUCUUUUAUGCUGGGUGGCUCAAGGUAGCAGAGCAGCUCAUCAACCCUUUUGGAGAAGAUGAUGAUGACUUUGAGACCAACUGGCUGAUAGACAGAAAUUUCCAGGUGUCUAUGAUGGCGGUGGACGAGAUGUAUGGAGAUCUUCCGAUGAUGGAGAGAGAUCGUUACUGGAAUGACUCCAACCCCAGACCCCCCUACACCGCCGCCACUCUCUUUGUCCUCCGCAAACCCUCUUUCCAGGGGUCCACUUUUGACAUGGCGAUUCCUAAAGAGGAGAUGCACUUCCAGCCUCUGGAGGACAUUGCUGAGAACCUGGAGGAGUCAGGUGGUCGUCACCCCAACAUGGACCUCUUUAACCGCCUACUCAGUGCGGCCCCUUCCCCCACUGGCUUUAUGGGAGGGGCUCUUCGUCGCACCUCAGCACAACUCCAGAGGCUACGCCACUCCCCCAGCAUUGACCAAUGCACCAGCGAUGAUGAUGAUGAUAGUGGUAAAAUAGGUAAAGGUGGGUCUCUGCCGUCAGGGCUGGAAACCCAGAGCACUGUGUGCAGUUUCUGGGAGGAGAAGACCGCCAGAACGCCUCUGCUGGAGGUUCAGUUUGCAGUGACGCAGGAGAGGCGAGAAGGGCAUCCUGCCGCCAAUAAGGAGGUGCGUAGAGUGGAGGGGAAGAGUGAUGAAGAGUGGCAGAUCAGGGAGGAAAGAGGGAAAGCGGAGAGUGCAAGCGAGGAGACCCAAACUCCUGUGUCCCUGCUUCCUUCUUCCCCUCAGUCCUCAAGGGAGAUGUCCACUCAAUCAGCCUCCGCCAUUCCCUUCACCUCCCGGCACCCCUCUGCCUUUGUGUUUCACCCAGCUGCCCAUUCCAGUCUGGAGCACUGCAGCUCCCAGCCGGCUAUCAACCAGAACAGAGCUCCCCCCAUCAUUCCAAAACCUCCCUUUUGUGGAAACAAAAUGUCCUUCCUCACUGUGCCGUCUUACAACGAACCUUCACGUUUUCGCAGUGUGAGCAUGGGAUCAGAGCUCACUGGGUCUUAGGUGGACAAUGGGUUGUGUGAAUGGGUUCCUAUAAACCUUUGGCUGUUUAAAACCAUAAUGCUCGAUUCAGUGCAUGUUUUCACAAGUGAAACUAGUCAUAGAUA